AUGUUACGAGUUGAGGUUCAAUCCGCCAACGGUCUCCCUAAGAAGAAACUUGGGAACCCGGACCCCAUUACCUCUGUUGUUUUCAAAGGUGAAAAGAAGAAAACAAAACACAUUAGCAAUGAAGUCAACCCAGUGUGGAAUGAAGUCCUUGAUUUUGAUUUAAAGGGCUCCCCCCUUGAUUCAGCUUCUUUCAUUGAUGUGAUUGUGAAAGACUAUGAAACCUUAGGAAAAAACAAGUUUCUUGGAUCUGCAAAAGUACCGUUGAAAGACCUAGGAAGUGGUCAAGUGAAGGCUCUCCCAUCAAAAAACCUGCCAUUAGUCAAUGAAAAUGGCCAAGAUAUAGGAGCCACCAUUGAUCUUUUAAUUGGUUAUGAGCCUCCAGCCAACGUACCUCCAAAACUAAAUGACCAACAAGAUGGAAGUGGAGGACAGGAUGGGACUGAGGAGCUCACUGAUGGAGGGCAUUUGGGGGUUCCAGGGACCAGGUCACCCCUCGGGAUGACCAAAGGCCGACGCCGGCCCCUAGCCAAUAAACCUCAAGAUUUUCAGAUCCGUGUUAGAGUCAUAGAGGGCCGACAGUUGCCUGGAAACAACAUCAAACCUGUUGUUAAGGUGAACGUUUGCGGGGAGACCCACAGAACAAGGAUCAGAAAGGGAAACAAUCCAUUUUUUGAUGAGAUUUUCUUUUACAAUGUCCAUAUGCUGCCAUCGGAUCUUUUCGAUCAGUACAUCAGCCUUCGAGUGUAUAACUCUUCAUCGCUCAGAGCUGACAGUCUCAUGGGAGAAUUUAAGAUAGAUGUUGGCUACGUCUACAACGAACCUGCUCACACUAUCAUGAGGAAAUGGGUGCUCCUGAAUGACCCUGAUGAUUAUAGUUCUGCAGCAAAGGGCUACCUGAAAGUCAGCAUGUUCAUAGUUGGGACAGGAGAUGAGCCACCGGUGGAGAUCAGAGAGCAAGACAGUGACAGAGAUGACAUAGAGAGUAACCUACUUCUGCCUGCCAGCGUCACACUUAGACGGGUUACCCUGAAACUCAAAGUAUUCAGAGCCGAGGACAUCCCCCAAAUGGAUGAAUCCCUUGCACAGUCAGUCAAGGAGAUUUUUGGAGGUGAAAGCAACAAAAAGAAUCUUGUGGAUCCAUUUCUGGAAGUUUGGUUUGCUGGUAAAAAGCUGCGCACCAAAACAAUUGAGAAGAAUGCGAAUCCUGAGUGGAACCAAUUGCUCAAUCUCCAAAUCAAGUUCCCAUCCAUGUGUGAGCGGAUUAAGCUGACUGUCUUUGACUGGGAUCGUCUGACGAUGAAUGAUGCCAUUGGCACCACAUACCUGAAUUUGACCAGAAUAGCAUCCUCUGGUGGGGAAGUUGAAGGUACUACAGGGGAGUCUGAGGUAGGUUUUCUGCCUGCAUUUGGCCCUUGCUAUGUAAACUUGUACGGGAGUCCCAGAGAGUUCACUGGAUUACCAGACCCAUACGAGGAGCUCAACCAUGGGAAGGGUGAGGGAGUGGCAUAUCGAGGAAGAAUUCUGGUUGAACUCUCCACUAAACUUGAGGGGAAAGCAGAAAAAACAGUGGAGAGUAUACCAAGUGAUGACAUCUUAGUGACUCAAAAAUACCAGCGUAGGAGGAAAUACUGUCUGUGUGCAGUGUUUCACAGUGCUACGAUGAUGCAGGAAGCCGGCGAGCCCGUUCAGUUUGAAGUGAGCAUUGGCAACUAUGGUAACAAAUUGGACUCCACAUGCAAACCGCUGGCUUCAACAACCCAGUAUAGCUGUGCAGUGUUUGAUGGCAAUCGUUAUUAUUACUUGCCCUGGGCUGGCACCAAGCCUGUUGUUGUCCUCACUUCCUUUUGGGAGGACAUAAGUCAUCGGUUAGAUUCGGUCAAUAUCCUUCUCAACAUUGCUAAUAGGCUGCAAACAAAUAUCACUGUGUUGAAAAAUGCUAUCCAGGCGAAAGUCUCAGAUGCUCAACUUGCAGAAAUCUGGCACAGGCUAGUCAACCAGUUGAAGGAGGACAUCACAAGUUUCAGAUUGCCUGACCUUGUGGGAAAGCCCAACCUCACAGUUCUAGACGUGCAGAUAAAGAAGCUUCGAGACAGUGGCUUAGAGGGCAUCUUGGACGGGGCGAAGAGCUUGUCUGAAGAGGCCAUUGACAUCAAGGACACCCUGAGCAUCAUCGAAGGCUGGCUUGACAAACUACAACAACUGGCUGAUGAGCCCCAGAACAGCAUGCCUGAUGUGAUCAUCUGGAUGCUGAAAGGGGAAAACCGGGUUGCCUACAGCCGCAUUCCUGCUCAUCAGGUGUUGUAUUCAGCCUACAGUGAGCAGGCUUGCGGCCAGCAUUGUGGGAAGACCCAGACCAUUUUCAUGCAGUACCCCAUGGACAAAAGCAAGGGCGCAAAGGUUCCUGUCCAAAUACGCAUUAACGUGUGGCUUGGUUUAUCAUCAGAUGAAGAGAAGUUCAACACUUUUGCAGAAGGAACAUUCAGUGUCUUUGCAGAACUGUAUGAGAAUCAGGCACAGAUGCUUGGUAAGUGGGGCACUACAGGUCUGUUGGGCCGCAGCAAGUACUCUGACGUGACUGGGAAUCUGAAGCUGAAGCGGGAGUACUUUAUGCCCCCUAGAGGUUGGCAAUGGGACCGCGACUGGUUUAUAGAUCCAGCGAAGAGUCUGCUGACGGAGGCUGAUGAAGGCCACACAGAAUUUUUGGAUGAAGUGUUUCAGAAUGAGACUCGUUUCCCUGGAGGAGAGUGGAAGCCUGCAGCUGAGCCUUACACAGAUGUGAAUGGAGAGAAGAGACUGGGCCCUCAAGAGACUGAGUGCCCAGCUGGCUGGCAGUGGGAGGACGAGUGGAGUUUCGAUGAGAACAGGGCAGUGGAUGAGAAAGGAUGGGAGUAUGGAGUCACCAUUCCUCCUGAUGAUAAACCCAAAUCCUGGGUGCCAGCUGAAAAGAUGUACCAUGUUCACCGUCGUAGGAGAAUGAUUAGACCUCGCAAGAGGGUAGCUACCAGCUCAUCCACUGAGAAAAAGGAUACAGGUGAUCCAGAGGGCUGGGAAUACUCUUCUCUCAUUGGUUGGAAGUUUCACAAGGUGGAGCGUUCCUCAGACACGUUCCGCCGCAGACGUUGGAGAAGAAGAAUGGCUCCUGCUGAUCGCCUUGGAGCCUCAGCCAUCUUUAAACUGGAGGGAGCCCUGGGAAUUGAGUCCAAAGGUGAUGAGGAUUCUGAUACAGAUGCCACCAAAUUGUUUGGUGCUAAUACUCCCACUGUCUCCUGCCAAUUUGAUCGGACUUUCAUGUACCACCUUCGGGUCUAUGUUUACCAGGCCAGAGACCUCAUGGCCUCAGACAAAGAUAGCUUCUCAGAUCCAUACGUGCAUGUGUCCUUCUUGCACAUGAGCAAAACCACAGAGACCAUUAAGUCCACCUUGAAUCCUACAUGGGACCAGACUCUCAUUUUUGACAAUGUUGAAAUUUAUGGAAAUCCUCAAAAUAUUUCCGAAAAUCCUCCCCAAGUGGUGAUGGAGAUCUUUGACAGUGACCAAGUGGGUAAGGAUGAGAUGCUUGGCAGGGUUACAUGCUUGCCCUUAGUGAAGCUAAACCCAGAUGUGGACACUUCAUCUAAACUCCUCUGGCAUUCUGUCAUCCAGAAGGGUGUAUCUGCUGGAGAGUUACUGGUCUCUGCUGAGCUCAUUCUGAUGGAUAAGGGCAGUGAAACUGACCUUCCUUUGGUUCCCCCCAAAAGAGGAGAGAAGCUUUACAUGGUACCUCAGGGUAUUCGGCCGAUUGUCCAACUCACUGCCAUAGAGAUUUUAGCCUGGGGUUUACGAAACAUGAAGACAUACCAUCUGGCUCCUGUGUCCUCCCCCAGUUUGGUGGUGGAAUGUGGUGGGGAGAUGGUACAGUCUGCUGUCAUCAAGAACAUGAAAAAGAGCCCCAAUUUCCCUGGAAAUGUUCUCCUUUUAAAAGUGCUUCUACCCAAAGAGGAGAUGUACACCCCUCCUAUUGUACUGAAAGUAAUUGACCACAGGCCUUUUGGGAGAAAGCCAGUUGUGGGACAAUGCACAAUUGUCUCUUUGGGACAAUUCCGCUGUGAUCCAUUUGUCACACAAGCUGAAGUGGCCGUGACAUCCAAAGUGGCUUUGAUGGCAGCUCCCCCUCAGGACCUAUGCAUAAACAUGGAGGAGAGCAGAACUCACCUGGAGGCUCAGGAGAAAGAGACAGUUGACUGGUGGAGUAAGUUUUAUGCCUCCAUUGGAGAGCAUGAAAAGUGUCGUCCAUACCUUCAAAAAGGAUAUGACACCUUGGAGGUGUAUCCGACUGAACUAGAAAAUGUCCCUGAGUUCACGGGACUCACUGAUUUCUGUGACACCUUCAAACUGCAGCGUGGUAGGGAUGAGGAUGGUGAUAAUGACCCCUCCGUUGUUGGAGAAUUCAAGGGCUCUUUCAAGGUUUAUCCAUUGUCGGAUGAUCCUGGGGUCCCUCCUCCACCAAGGCAGUUUAGAGAGCUGCCUGACAGUGGGCCACAGGAGUGUGUGGUAAGAAUAUAUAUAGUCAGAGCCGUGGACCUGCAGCCGAAAGACAACAACGGCAAGUGUGACCCUUACAUCAAGAUCUCUUUGGGAAAGAAAUCCAUUGAUGAUCGUGAUAACUACAUACCGAACACAAUCAGCCCAGUGUUUGGAAGAAUGUUUGAGCUGUCAUGCUUCCUUCCACAAGACAAAGAUUUGAAAAUUUCCAUCUAUGACUAUGAUUUGCUGAGCCGUGAUGAGAAAGUUGGAGAAACUGUGAUUGACUUGGAGAACCGCUUUCUUUCCCGCUUUGGUUCUUACUGCGGUCUACCUCAGACGUACUGCAUUUCUGGUUCGAACCAGUGGCGGGAUCAACACAAACCAAUGCAAAUUCUACAGAAUCAUGCCCGUCUGAAGGGUUUAUCUCCUCCCAAGACAGAGGACAAUGGAAACACUUUGAGUUUUGGGGGACGUGUAUAUCAGCUCUCUGAAUUUGAGGCCGACAAAGAAAUUCACAAACACUUGGGUCCCCCCAGUGAACGCAUAGCUUUGCAUGUACUCAGGACUCAAGGCCUGGUCCCUGAACACGUGGAAACUAGAACUUUAUACAGCAGCUUUCAACCCACCCUCUCUCAGGGAAGUCUUCAAAUGUGGGUGGACAUUUUUCCCAAAAGUCUUGGAUUCCCUGGGCCUCCCUUUGACAUAACCCCACGCAAGCCCAAAAAACAUGUUUUGCGCGCCAUUAUCUGGAACACCACCGAAGUGACUUUGGAUGAAACUAGUAUCACGGGGGAACAAAUGAGUGACAUCUAUGUCAAAGGGUGGAUGAUGGGAAUGGAGGAAGACAAGCAAAAAACCGACGUGCACUACAGAUCCUUGGACGGGGAUGGCAACUUCAACUGGAGAUUUGUCUUUAAGUUUGACUACUUGCCUGCUGAGCAACUGUGCCUCAUCUCUAAAAAGGAGCACUUCUGGAGUCUUGAUAAGACUGAAUUCAGGAUCCCACCAAAGCUGGUGGUUCAGAUAUGGGACAAUGACAAAUUCUCUCCAGAUGAUUACCUGGGCAACAUCGAACUUGAUCUGCAUAACCUCGUAAGCCCUGCCAAAGUGCCAGACAAAUGCAGCUUGACCAUGUUACCCUCUGGUUCUGAAUCAGCUCCUACGAACUCAGACCUGACGAAGUCACUGUUUUCCCAAAAGUCAGUCAGAGGAUGGUGGCCAUGCGUUAUCGAAAAAGACGGGAAGAGAGAGCUUGGCGGAAAGGUGGAAAUGACUCUGGAGGUUGUUGAUGAAAAGGAAGAAGAUGAGAGACCUGCUGGGAAAGGCAGGGAUGAACCCAACAUGAACCCAAAGCUGGAUCCACCCAAGCGACCUGAAGUGUCUUUCUUUUGGCUCACCAACCCAUGCAAAACCUUAAAGUUCAUUGUAUGGCGGCGAUUCAAAUGGUUCUUCCUCGGGCUAAUUCUGCUUAUCUUAGUGCUGCUCUUUGUUGGAGUCUUACUUUACUCAUUACCGAACUACAUUUCAAUGAAAAUUGUGAAACCCUUCAAAUAA